UACCUAUCACUAGUGAAAAUCAUAAGUUCCCGCUUGUGGAUUAUAUCUACAAUCAAAUACUUUUUAUUUUGGUAUGAUAAACAUGACAGCGAAUGAUCAAAAUACCAAAAAUGGUUCCGUCCAUAAGCAAUGGAUUAUUGGUUUUAUUUCAACAACAAUGAUCCUCACAUACGGGUUGCAAAGUGGUUGGAUGUCGCCCACAAUCAGUACGCUGCAGUCGGAGCGUAGCCCUUGCGGCCGGCCGCUCACCACGAACGAGAUCUCACUGGUCGCUGGUCUGAUCAGCAUGACCGCUAUCACCACGGCAGUAAUAUUCGGAUAUAUAGCCGAUUACAUAGGCCGCCGCAAGACUUUGAUUCUGAUAGUCAUUCCUCAGAUUCUCGGUUUCGCAUUGAAGAUUGUGUCAGCCCACCCCAUAUGCCUAAUGGUAGCGCAGGCCUGCUGCGGUAUCGCUGGCGGAGGCGUGUACUGCGUAUCUCCUACAUACGUAAAGGAGAUUGCACAGGACUCUAUAAGAGGCGUUUUGGGAUGCUCUGGUAUUCUUUUGCAGAGUCUCGGUUUGGUGAUAAUGUACGCGAUGGGAGCAUACAUGGAAUACUACACGGUACUCUGGAUAGUGGUGUGGCUUCCUAUUCUAAAUCUAAUAGCGCUGUUCCAAAUACCGGAGUCACCUGCGUUCUUAGUGAAGACAGGAAAAGUUGAGGAAGCCACAAAAGUGAUGGCUUGGCUGAGAGGAGUGGAAGAAGACCACAAAGAAGUGGAGCGAGACAUUACCAUAUUACAAAACGAAAUGAUGGCGUCGGAGAAUCUACCAGCAGUAACAUGGAAGUCUAUCCUAUCAGACAAGGUGUCACGGAGAGCUCUUGGGUUAUCCUUCCUUUGUAUGACUAUGCUGGACUUGGGAGGCAAUUAUGGCAUUGUUGCUUAUGCAUCAGUUAUUUUAAAACAAUCGGGGGUGACAUUUUCUCCGGAGCUACAAGCAUUAUCAUUUCCCAUUCUCAUGACGUUGGGGUCUUUAAUAUCUGCCGUUACAAUAGAAAAAUUCGGAAGAAAGCCUUUAAUAAUGGUUAGCGCCAUUUUCACCGGAACGCCGCUGGCUGUGUUGGGUGCCAUGUUGCUCGUGGUGAAGAACGGGGGCUCCAUGCCGCCCUGGAUACCGGUCGCGUGUAUUGGGGUCUGCUUGUACGCUAGCGGGCAGAUGAUGUCUCUCCCGUUUAUCGUUAUGUCGGAAAUGUUCAACGUACAGAUGAGGACCAAAGUUCUCGGCCUUCUCUCUACCUACGGCUGGUCUCUCGCUGGGCUACAAACACUUUUGUUCGCGCCGAUUACGGAACGCUUCGGCAUGUACACUAUAUUCUUUACAUUUGCCUUAGUUAACGCAAUAGGAACUCUUAUUUGCGCCAUUACCAUGCCGGAAACUAAAGGAAAGACUCUAGCGGAGAUCAAUAAAGAAUUACUAGGCAGAUGAAAAUAAAUAUGUUUAUUACUUAUUACAGUUAUUACAU